AUGGAGCUUGAAACAUGCCUCCGCUUCUCCCUUUUCGGCUUCCUGAUCAGCAGCUUCUUCUUGCAAGGUGUAAAGAUGGGGACAGUCAACAUCUUCCUCCUCUCCUUUUCGGUUACUAUCUUCUACUUGCAAGGUACUGUAGCUGUGGACUGCCCAAAGCAGUGGAAGCACUAUAACGAUUUUUGCUACGGAGUCAUUCAAGAGGAUGUUACAUGGGCAGAAGCAGAAAUAUACUGCCAGGAGAAAGGCCAUAAUGCCCAUCUCACCUCUAUCCAUGACAGAACUGAGGUUGACAUAAUAUCCAAAUUAAUCAAAUCUGAUUACGCAGAUGUGAAGGAGGUUUGGGUUGGACUGCAAGACCCCCGUGGGACCAACCGCUGGAGAUGGACCGAUUCGAACCCGUUCAACUACAAAUUUUGGAGUGCAAAGGCAGCUAAAGGGAAAGGACAGUGUGCCUACCUUUCCAGAGAAAGCGGAUUUGAGAAAUUAGAGAAAAGCUGUUGCCAAAGGAACAAAUUUUACCUGUGUAAAUCUGUGCUGUAGCCCACUAACAGUUUGUUGGGUUUUGCAAUAAAGAUGCUGAGUUCAUGAUCAGCUUUCUUGAAUAAAAAAUAAUCAUA